GACGUAAACAGUUUUUCUGCCACAAAGUCUAAUAAUUGCCCCAUCGACCCUUGACUUGAUUUCGUACCACCAUGUCCCGUUCCCCGCCUAUUCAUCGUUUCUCGUCGUCGAGCUCCAAGGAGCAGCAGGACCUCUUCAAUGCGUGCGAGGCUGAGGAAGAGAGGCGCAUUAAUCUGCUCUCGCGGAAACUGGAGAAGUUACGCGAAGAGAAGAUUGAGCUCGAGAAUACCCUCGAGGCGGAAUCUGAAUCUCAUGUGAACAGGCUGUCGAGGCAGCUGACGGCGGCCCUGCUUGGACAACAUGAGAAUGGUGCGAGCUCGUCGACGCCGGGGAGGGCUGCCGCGUUGUUGAGUGAUCCGAGCGUGGAAACGAUCUUGGAGUCGCUCCGCCGUGAGAAUGAGCAACUAAGGAACCGCCUCGUUGACACUGAACGAGACUUCAUUCGAGUGUCGAGGCUGAACGAUAUAUACCGGGAGGAGCUUAUUGAGCAUAGAAUGCGCCUGGGUGUGCCCGUUGACAACCUCGUAGGACUGCAUUCAGCAGAUCCGUUCUCUCAGCCAAUACAUCGCAAACCCUCGUACUCGCAGACUUCGCCAUCUAACUCUGUCCUCCAUAUCCCUACCCACCGGCCGUCGACGCAAAUUCCAAUAGCCAGACCAUCGUCUAUCAGACGAGUAAAUACAAACCCUUCUUCUUCUGAACAGCUCUCUGAAGCUCAGUCUCCCGAAUCUCCCGAAUCUCCGUAUCCACCAUCACCGCUGAUGUCGACGAACAACGCCAGCGUCGUGAGCAAUAACACGAAUAUGACGAGCCCACCCACGUCGCUGUCGGUAAACCCGGCAGCGACCUUUGCUACGCCGUCAAGGGGCCUCUCGUAUCCCUCUGUUCCACCGCCAUCGUUGUCUUCGUCGUUUGGUUCUCCGGUAGUCACGUACCAUCGAGAUCAUUCUCUGUCUCCGGUUGAACCUCUGAGCCGGAGGAGUUCCAGUGCGCGAAGGGGGAGCUAUGAUUGGCAGACCGGUCCCAGCAGGAGUCGGAGUCAUAGCCGGCGGGCGAGCGUCGAGCGUGGGGGCAGAGUCGCUGAGACGGGAACUCUUGUUCCGCGGAGCAGGGCUGAUAGUCAUAAUUUGCCUGCAACAACGGAGGGUGACGAGAUCUUUGCUGUUGAGCCAUAAUUAUCUGGCAGUCGUCGGAGCCAUCAAGAUCGUGAUGAACAGAAACCUUGAGCUUGUAUGGAUGGGCAGAACACUCGGAGGCCCUGCUUUUUUGAUGCCCUUGCGUGUUGUUUAUCAUUGUACAUGUAUUUCUUUCAUACUUCUGCAGAGGACUUGGUGUUUCUUUUUUUUUAAUCUCCCCAAUAGUGUACAUUGAUAAUGCAUACGAUACCUUCUUCAUUACAUGCAAUGUAGCUUAUAUCCAACAAUCAGCACUUAUCAUGCGCACUGAACAGUU